AUGAGGUCCGACCUGCAUUACCAGGUGUCUCUGGGGCAGCUUCUGGGGGAGGGAAUGUUUGGGAGGACCUUUCUGGGGAUGUGGAGAGGGGGCGAUGUUGCGGUGAAGACUGUGCGCGUGGGCAAGGAGAGCGAGGCCUCCUCCUUCCUGCGCGAAGUCGCCAGCCUGGCUGCCAUCCGGCAUCCUAAUGUCAUGCAAUUCUUUGGGGCGUGCCUGCAGCCGCCGGAGCAGUGCUGGCUUCUGUGCGAGUACCUGCCCGGCGGCAACCUCACCCAGUGGCUGCACGGUGACCGCAAGCAGGGCCAGGUGCGGCGCAGCCUGGAGGAGAGGGUGCGAAUGGCGCUGGGAGUGGCUCAGGGGAUGCAGGCGCUGGAGGCAGCGGAGCCGCCAAUCCUGCACCGCGACCUCAAGCCCUCCAACGUGUUCCUGGACGUCUCCGGCCGCCCCUGCGUCGCCGACAUGGGCCUCGCGCGCCGCCUCACGCCCGCCAGCGCGGCGUGCCUGACAGGGGAGACAGGCACAUAUGUGUACAUGGCGCCCGAGAUGAUCCGGCACGAGCUGUACACCAGCAAGGCGGAUGUGUUCAGCUGGGGCGUGCUGCUGGCAGAGGUCCUCUCUCAGCGGCCGCCCUAUGAGGGCCUCUACAUGACCCCUGUGCAGGUGGCUUUGGCGGUCGGGGACAAUGAGCUGCGGCCGACGCUGCCCUCAGACACGCCAGAGCCGCUUCUGAAUGUUGCCCUGGCCUGCUACAACCCCGAGCCUGAGAACCGGCCCUCCUUUGCCCUCAUCGUGCACCACAUGCGAAAGGUGAGCAGCGCAGGCCUUCCAUAUGUUACCAUAUCUUCCUUCUGA